UAAAGUAAAGUAAUCAUAAAAUGUUUGUACAAGUAUUGCUCAGUUAUUUUAAGUCCAUAUGGUCUCGAAAGAAGUAUAUAUUGCUUGCUUCCAGCCUGUUUGCAAUAAUAGUGUGUCUGAUUAAUGCUAAUCAAAUUUUUGGCUGCAUUGCAGAAAAUUUCAGAGUCUUCGGAGGAUACUCGGGAACUUAUACCAAUGCCUGCGACAAGACUUCAGCAGCUUGCACAAGUUCAUGUUCCAAACCAUUGAGCUCAAGCCCCCAACAGCGGCUGCUUGAGAUCCUAUCGUCUGCCAACUUAACCCUAACACGCCAAGAGUCUGAGAAUGUUUUGUCUAUGGCAAAAUCAAUACCGGAAAGUGACGUCAUCAUUGUUUCAGCCAGCUCGUCCAAUCAUUACGACGCUAUGCAAGCCAUGUUUUAUAACAUCCACACCGUUGUGUUCCCAUUGGUUCAUAAUCUUACAGUUGUGUUGUUUGAUAUUGGGCUCACAGAGGAGGAGAGAACAAAAACAGAAAAGUAUUGCAAGUGUACAGUGGUAACAUUCCCAAGCGAAAAGUUUCAUCCACAUCUAAAAAAAAACUUUUGCUAUUCAUGGAAGCCGAUAAUAGUGAGGGCAACAAUUGAAAAGGCAAAAAAACUCCUGAUCUAUCAAGAUUCGUCAGUAAGGUGGACCAAAAAAAUUGUGAAUGUGAUGAAGCGGGCUUCUACCGUUGGAUUGCAAUUGUUCCGUUACCCCACAGUGGCAAGGAUUCCAGUUCAUACCUUAAAACAGACUUUUGAUUACUUCGGGGAACUGCCAUGCGCAUUUGACCCGUUUCCUGAGCUUUCGGCUGCUGUGGGGAUCUACAGGAACGACAUCGGCAACAUCCGGGCUCUUCUUGAGCCAUGGGCCAAAUGUGCUUUGGUGUCUGAGUGUAUGUGUCCAGUGGAUCCAGAUUUAGUGAUAAACUGUAUAAAACCUGUGGCGUACCAUAGGUGUCACAGAUUUGAUCAGUCAGCGUUAGGGAUUUUAACUGCCAAACUGUUCAACACUGACAUUCUCCGAGUCAUCUCCCCUGAUCCGGGCCCAGGUGCAUUAGUUCAGUACGAUGAUUUCAUGCCGAACUAUUUCAAUACAAUUGUAUAA